GUUUUUUUCACUUUUUUUGCAGGUGGUGUAGGGAUGAUGUGCUCACUGAGCGAACAAGGCAAGCAACUGGCAAUCCAAGUGUCCAACAUCCUGGGUAUGGACGUGUGUGGCAUUGACCUGCUGAUGAAGGACGACGGUUCAUUCUACGUCUGUGAGGCCAAUGCAAAUGUAGGUUUCAUUGCCUUUGACAAGGCUUGCAAUCUAGAUGUAGCUGGUAUCAUAGCGGACUAUGCCACUUCUCUCCUAACCCCCGGUCGCUUGACGCGGCGCAUGUCCUUACUCUCUGUGGUGUCCACGGCAAGCGAGACUAGCGAGCCUGAGCUGGGCCCUCCAGCUAGUGCCGUUGUCGACAAUAUGAGUGCUAGCUCCAGCUCUGUCGACAGCGACCCUGAGACCACGGAGAGAGAGUUGCUCACCAAGCUCCCGGGGGCUCUAUUCAACAUGAACCAGCUAUUAGCCAAUGAGAUCAAACUUCUUGUG